GAUAAAAGGUGUCAUGAGCAGCGAGCUGAACGUGCCGAUGGGUUCUCCAGUUCCAGGGGUGUCGGAGCGACCGCUGGACAACGGGGACUACAGGGACUGGGUGCGACGCAGCUACCUGGAGCUGGUCAGCUCGAACCACCAUUCGGUGCAGGCCCUGUCCUGGAGGAAACUCUACCUGAGCCGAGCCAAACUGAAGGCCUCCAGCAGGACUUCUGCGCUGCUCUCAGGUUUUGCAAUGGUGGCCAUGGUCGAGGUGCAGCUGGAGGUGCAGUACAGUUAUCCCAGAGAGCUCCUCAUCGCCUUCAGCGUGUGCACCACCGUGCUGGUGGCGGUGCACCUCUUCGCUCUGCUGAUCAGCACCUGCAUCCUGCCCAACGUUGAAGCCGUCAGCAACAUCCACAACCUGAACUCUGUCAGCGAGUCGCCUCACGAGCGCAUGCACCACUACAUCGAGCUGGCGUGGGGCUUCUCCACAGCGCUGGGCAUCCUGCUGUUUUUAGCGGAGGUGGUGCUCCUCUGCUGGGUCAAGUUCCUGCCCGUGGACUCGGGCGAGACCAAAAAGGCAGCGCUCUGCAGCACCACGACAGCCAGGACCGAGGUGAAGCUCACGUCCCCGCCGCCCACGCACAGCGGCUGGCAAGCCGCUCUGGCCUCCACCAUCAUCAUGGUGCCAGUGGGGGUGAUUUUUGUCAUGUUCACCAUUCACUUCUAUCGCUCUCUGGUGCGCCACAAAACGGAGCGCCACCAUCAGGAGAUCGAGGAACUGCACAAGAUAAAGGUGCAGCUGGACGGCCACGAGAGAGGCCUCCAAAAUGUGUGACGUCGUGACAGCAGCUUUAAAGACGUUGUGCCGUUUGCUCUGGACGUUGAUGCCUUUAGCUUCACAGCUCGUCUUGUUAUAUUACAAAGAAUCAUAAUUUAUUC